CCCCAUGGUAACGGCAUGAUUAGCAACGCAGCAACACAAUGUUGAACACUGCCUACACGCUACAUGAAAUUUUGCCUACAUUGAUUUGCCAAUGACUAUGAUUACUCUACCUAUACGAUGCCAUGCCAACUCGGAUCGGACAAGGGCCUGGUUAUUCCGCGUCUGGACGCGAUCUCAAUCGUGUGCUACAAAUUCGCGCCGACUUCACCCUGCAUGUCUCACCGCAGCGACGCAGCGGCCACCUACCUCAUCAUGCAUUAUCCGAGAAAAUCCAGCUUCCUUCGGGAGCACGUCGGCUCGCCCGCUCGGCACCAGCGCCUGCGAAAUCAGCAGCGAAGCAAGCGAAUUCACAGCCGAUAGCACCGGUGUCCGUCACCGACAACCGCGCGUCGUUGACGUUGCGACGGCGACGCCCGCCGCCGCCGCGCUAGAGGCCUUCCUCGCGCUGAAGGACACUGCGUACGCGCGUCUGCGGCGCCUGUCGUGGGCGUACGCCGAGAACGAACGCAUGCUGUACGUGCAGACGGUCGUCAACUCGGACAUCGUCGUCGUCGCGGAGCCGGCCGCGCGCGGCGACGAGUGGCGCGCUCUGGGGGAGGUGGCGCGCGACGGCGCGCGCGCAUUCACGGACGACGAGCUCUCGGCCGCGCUGCACGCCGCCCUGCGGCUGCACGUCGCCCCCGACGACGACCUCGUCGCGACCCUGCUGCUCGCGUGCCUCGACCGGCUGGACGGGUUUGGCUGGCCGGCGCUGCGGCGCGUGUGCGAGAGCGCGAGCAUGCUGAAGAGGUGCGGAUUCCCCGUGCACUCGCGCAUCACCGCCUCGCUGCAGCGGCGCGUCGACGCCGGGCACACGCGCGACCUCACGCUGGAUUCCCUCGCCGGGAUCCUGCUCGACACCGGCUACUUCCUCUCCGAAGGCUUCCUCUCGCGCCUCCUCGCGAUCGCCGUGGCGAUGGUGGACCGCGACGCCGCGUCGAUGCGCGACAUGGCCGACCUUCUAGAGGGCGCCGCGCACUUCGCGCCGCGGGGCGCCGCCGCGCGGACACUGCUCGAGAAGAUGGCGCCGGCGUUGAUCGCAGGGUUGCCCGGCGCGAGCGCGCUCGAGACGGCGAAGGUGGCGCUGUACGCGCAGAUCGGGCGCGGCGCGCGUCACGGCGCGCUCGGCCGCGAGCUCGAGAACCGUCUCGCCGCGCACGCGCCCGAGUUCGAUGUCAUGCUGCUGAAGCACUGCGCGCGCUCGCUGUGGCGCGCCCGCGCCCCCGCGCCGCCGGCCGUCGUCGUCGCGAUCGCUCGCCGCGUCGUCGCGCGCUGGCCGGACGUCGCGGCGACGCUGUCGUGCCUGCGCAGCGUGCUGCGGCUGCUCGCGCGGCCGCCGUACCGCCUCCCGUGGCUCGAGAGCUUCCUGCGGGACGCGCUCGCGGACGAACUGCGGCGGCAGCGCGGCGCGUCGCCCCUCGCCGUCUCCGCGAUCGCCGCCUACCUCGCGCCGUCGUGUCACCGCGAUGACGCCACCGCGUCGCUCCUGCGCGAGCGCGUCGCCGCGAUGCGGCCGCAGCUUCGCCUCCCGCAGGUGCACGCCGUACUGCAGGGCUUCGUUCCGCGCGCGGACGUCCGCCGCCGUCGCCGUGGCGACGAGGACGACGACGCGCCGCUGGCGUCGAUGCGGAGAGAGCUUGUCGUCGAGGCGAUCGGCCGCUGCGGAGAGAUCGAGAACGCGCACGCGCUCAACUCGCACGUCGCGACCAUCGCCGCGCUUCUCCGCCCGGACGACUUUGCCGUUGCCGCGGCGACGCUGAUGCAGCAGUACCGGCGCCUGCUGCCGACGCUGCAGCCGCAGCAGGUCGCGCGCACCUGCUACCUCCUCGCCAGGCUCGGAUACCGCGAUUCCGUCGUCAUGGAGACGCUGACUCGUCACGUCGCCGGCGACGACGUCGAGGACGUCGACUUUGGCCGCGCGCUCGCGGUCAUGAAGAUGCUGGGGAAGUUCGGUUAUCAGCCUGAGAAGCUAGAUGCUCUGCUGAGGGUGGUCAUGAAGUUGUUUGAGAACGACGACGGCUCCAUCUCUGCGAUGGACCAUCUGCAGUUGGCGAACGCCCUCACCGAGCUCAACCUCUUCCCCGAAGUGCUGGCAAGGAAGAUCUUCAGCCUGCCGUUUGUCAUGGAGGUUGACAAGCAUUGUGAAAGUGUUGGGAUUCGGCAGAAGUCGAGCGAAAUCCUGCAGCGGACUCUGAUGAAGCUGAACCGGUGUGUGGUGCUGGACUUUCCACAGUAUGCCGUACCGUGGUUCCACGAUCUUUACUGCCAGUACUACCUGCCCAUGCACGAGCCCAGGAGGCCACUGAAGCUGGAGGUAGAACAUGUGUUGGCAGAGGCCCUUGGUGGUGUCCAGUUCUACAGAGCCAACACGACCUCACAGUAUUACCACAGGAUAGAUUUCGAGUUUGUCCUGGACGGAAAAGGACAGCCGAUGCCCGUCGAACAUCUGAUCCCGAGAUCGAACGCGGCAGCGCUGUGGGCGAGCGGGGAGGACGCCGUGCUGCUGCCGCCAGACGCGCAAAGGGUUGCCAUGAACGUGACGUCGCCAGCACAGUACUGCUCCAACGAGAACCGUCUGCUCGCGCAGGGCGUGAUGAAGUGGCGCCACCUGGAGAUGCUCGGCUACAGAGUCGUGCAGGUGUCGCACUUUGAGUGGAACUCGAUGUCGCUGUGUGAUCCAGUGGAGAAGGCGCGCUACUUGAGGAGGAAGGUCUUUGCUCGUGCUCGCAAGGAGCGCCCAUGAACUUCGACGCGGCCCUUUCAGGUCUGUAGCCAGGAUUGGCUUAGAGGGGGGUCCAAAUCAGAGGUGUGCAGGUGACUGCGAGCGCCGAAGAUGCGAAACGAUGUUAGGGGGGCCGCGGGCAUAACCCACCGGGAAAAUUUCGAAAAUAUGCUUUAGAAAGGUGCAUUCUGGUGCAUUUUAACAGUUUUCUUCCAGUCCCGUUGGAUUCGACUUAGGCGAGGUUGACUGUAAACCCUGGAACCUCCUCUGGGUACGGGACUGCCUUUCUUCGGCCGACCGCGCGCAGCGACCUGUGUCCAUUAAGGGCGUCGUCUUCCUUGCGAACGUGACAUGACAUUCGGAAUUUUUUUUUUAUAUGUCAUUGGUGCCAUCGUCACCUAUAACUUCCGUAAACUUCCGAACGAACCCGACUGGAGAAUGUUUUUAUUAUAAUUAAUUAGCGCUAAUGAUGUCGACAUUUUGCUCAGGUUGAUGCGAUUCGUUGCAAAGGCCGAUGUAUAUAAUCGUAAUCGUCACGAUUUCGUCGAGUGUAAAAUGUGUCUAGGUAGCUUUUCCAUCGUGUCAACCGUGUCCUUUCGUAUUAAUUAACUAAUUAAAUUUAAAGGUCGAAUUUUUUAUGUGUUUUAUGUGAUGUAAGUGAUGUAAGUGAUGUAA